GCUUGCGGGGUCGCGGGGCAGUGACGCCGCGCGGGGGGCGGCGGUGGCGGGAGCUGGAACCGGGGUCGGUUAGCGGGGUGAGCCCCGUGCGGGGACGCUGCCCGCCGCCAGCCCCACGCCCGCUCCGCCCCUCUGGGACGCCGGCAGGUCGUGCGAAGCCGGCCGCGUGCCCUGCGCCCGGCCCUGGCGCAGGCUCUUGGGCUUUGUCACGCAUCCGUGACCCCCCAAAGGUUGAAGGCUGCUGGACGGGAGCGCUGCCGAGCUGCGGGCGGCGGGCCCGCGGAGCGCAGGAGCCUGGGAGUGCAAGUUGUGAGCCUCUGGGUGUGGGUUUAGGGGGCCGCCUGGCGUUCAGCCCCGUCUGAGCUUCUCCCGCGGCUGGGAGGCUUUCCCGCCCCAGGGCCUGGAGCUGCGACCCCGGGGCCAUGGCCAGCGUCCCCCAGCUGUUCGACGACCUGUGCGAGGCCCUCCUGCCCGCGGCGAAGGCCCGUCUGGGCCAGCGCGGCGUGAGCCGCAAGAGGGCCAAGCAGGGCCUCAAGAGGGUUGCCUACAACGCUCUUUUCACAAAUCUGUUUCAAGAGGAGACUCACAAGUUGCAGGCCGACCUCUCGAAACUCCCGGUGAAGAACAAGGUCCUCCUGCUGUCCUUCGACCUGAGAGCAGGCGGUCUCGGCCCCGAGGCUGACCGUUUGGAGGAGCUUGUGGAGGAGCUCCAAGCAGCCCCUGGCUGUCCGCUGACGGAGGUGACGUCUGUUUUGGACCUCCUGGUCCGGCUGGCGGGCAGCGGGCCCCCUCAGGUUCUGCAGCGCAAGCGGGACUACUUCUUUAACAACAAGCAUGUUGGGAGAAACGUGCCCUACAGCGGCUACGACUGCUACGACCUGAGUGUGUUUGAGAUGGACGUUCAGUCUUUGAUCUCCAGAGAGGAGUACUUAUGUCAGGACAUGGUCCGGAAAGCGCUUCAGGUGAUGGAGGCGGCACCAGGCACUGGCCUGCCCACCGUUGGGCUCUUCUCAUACGGUGACCCUUGCAGCGACAGGUUUGAGAGAGACACCCGGGUCUCGCUUUUCGGUGCCCUUGUGCACAGCCGCACAUACGACAUGGAUGUCCGGCUGGACCUGCCUCCGAUGCCUGACAGCGCAGACCUCUCUGGACUAGCCAUUAAGGUUCCUCAGAGUGUGGAUCAGUCGGAAGAUGAAGGGUUCCAGUCAGCAUCUAACUUGACUCCUGACUCCCAGUCUGAACCAGGCAUGACCCCGGACAUCGACCUGUGGGAUGCUGUGCUCACCUAUGAGGCCAGCAAGCGGAGGUGCUGGGAACAAGUUGGAUGCCCCCCCGGCCACAAGGAGGAGCCCUACCUCACCGAGGCGGGAAGGGACACCUUCGACAGGUUCUGCAGGCUCCGCCAAGGGGAGCUACAGGUGCUGGGCGGGGGCCUCCUGCAGGCCCCACAGCCCGUCCUGGUGAAGGAGUGCGAACUGGUGAAAGACGCACUGAAUGUCCUGAUCGGGGUUGUGUCUACCACAUUCUCCCUCUGCCAGCCAGCUCAGACCUUCAUGGUGAGGCGGGGUGUCCACGUGUCGGGAGCGUCCCCCGAGAGCAUCAGCAGCCUGCUGUCAGAGGUGGCCGAGUGUGGGACACACUACGCACGCCUGAGCCAGUUCUCCCUGCAGCCUCUACUGGACUCUUCAUGCAGCAAGGGCCUCGUGCUCCAGGCCUUCACCAGCGGCCUGAGGAGGUACCUACAGUAUUACCGGGCUUGCGUUCUCUCCACUCCACCCACCCUGAGCCUCCUCACCAUUGGCUUUCUCUUCAAGAAACUGGGCCGGCAGCUCAGGUACCUGGCCGAGCUCUGUGGUGUGGGCGGCGGGGGACCGAGGGCCGAGUUCCCGACCGGGGUGAGGCUGCUGUCCUACCUGUACCAGGAGGCCCUGGACAACUGCAGUAACGAACACUACCCGGUGCUGCUGUCCCUGCUGCAGACCAGCUGCGAGCCCUACACGAGGUUCAUUCACGACUGGGUCUACAGCGGGCUCUUCCGCGAUACUUACGGCGAGUUCAUGAUCCAGGUGAACCACGAGUACCUGGGCUUCAGAGAUAAGUUUUACUGGACCCACGGCUACGUGCUCAUUUCCAAAGAGGUGGAGGACUGUGUCCCCGUGUUCCUAAAGCAUAUCGCACACGACGUGUAUGUCUGCGGGAAGACCAUCAACCUUCUGAAGCUCUGCUGCCCCCGGCACUACCUCUGCUGGUCCGACGUCCCUGUCCCUCGGAUCUCGGUGAUUUUCUCCCCGGAGGAGCUGAAGGAGGUGGAGAGGGACUGCGCCAUCUACGUGGGGCGCAUGGAGAGGGUGGCGCGCCACAGCUCCAUCAGCAAGGAGGAGAAGGAAUUGCGAAUGGAAAUCGCCAAACAAGAAUUGAUUGUCCAGGCCCGGGAGGCAGCAUCCAGGGUCCUGCGAGCGCUCAGUGACCGGCAGACGUCUGAACGCAUGGCCUUGGAUGCCCGGAAGCGAGAGCAGUUCCAGCGGCUGAAGGAGCAGUUUGUGAGGGACCAGGAGAGGCGCCGGGCGGCCAGGCAGGAGGACCCGGACGGCGACUUCGGCUAUGCCCGAGAGCUCCGUGACAGGGAGAGGAGGCUGAGGGCCCUGGAGGAGCAGCUGGAGAGGAAGGCGAGGCAGGCGCUGGUGGACCAUUACAGCAAGUUGUCUGCAGAAGCGGCUCGUCGAGAGCAGAAGGCGCUGUGGAAGAUCCAGAGGCACAGACUGGCAGGCGCGCGGCUGCGUUUCCUCGUAGAAGAUGAGAAGCGCACUCGGGAGAUGCUGAAGGACGUGUGCGAGAAGUCCUUGGAGGCCCCAGCCGUCCUCCCUGGUGCACACUCCCAGGCUUCGUCUCCAGGCCCCGAGCACUUAGCCGGAGGCAGCACCUGUGACUCUGGGUAUGCAGGGCGGCACGUGGCUGCUUAUGAUUGCCCGAGUGCCCAGACACCGCGGCUCCCCCGGCCUCUGGUCGCGGCGGUCUGUGGCCCGCAGCCAGAGCGGGUGGACAGGCCGGGGCCAUUUUCCGAGGGCCUCGGUAUCCAAGACUUCCUGCCCACAGCCCGGGAGGCUGGAGAAGCUGAGCACGCUGGUGUGGCCCCCAUCCUGGAGGAGGCGCUGCAGACCAUCGGCUCAGACCUGCCUCCCUCUGCUGUGUCUGAAGUGGCGGGCACAGAGCCCUCUGGGCCACAGGAGUAUGAUUUCAGAACUAUCCUGAGGCCGGCUGUGGUCACCUUGGCUUCCCCAGCGUCUCUCCAGACUGUAGGAAGUGGCUCGAGUAAUGAGGGGCAGCAGUUGUGGAGGGACAGUCUCAUGCAGCUGGAGAACACAUGUGUCCCAGGUGGGCCAAUGGCUGUGCCUCACUCACACCCCCCUAGACUCAGAUCCUCCCAGGAGGGGAGUAGCCAGGCCAUGGGGCAGCUCCUUGGGCAUGUGCCAGGGGGCAGCAUUCCCGCAGGGGGUUAUGCUUCUGGGAUGGCUCCCUCGCGACCGCAGUGGAACGUCCACGGACACGUGUCUGAUGCCGGCAUCAAGGUGGGAGAGAAUGUGUGCGAUGUGGCCCCCUCCCGACCACGAUGGAACGUCCACGGACACGUGUCUGACGCCAGCAUCAAGGUGGGAGAGAAUGUGUGCGACGUGGCCCCCUCCCGACCACGAUGGAACGUCCACGGACACGUGUCUGACGCCAGCAUCAAGGUGGGAGAGAAUGUGUGCGACGUGGCCCCCUCCCGACCACGAUGGAACGUCCACGGACACGUGUCUGACGCCAGCAUCAAGGUGGGAGAGAAUGUGUGCGACGUGGCCCCCUCCCGACCACGAUGGAACGUCCACGGACACGUGUCUGACGCCAGCAUCAAGGUGGGAGAGAAUGUGUGCGACGUGGCCCCCUCCCGACCACGAUGGAACGUCCACGGACACGUGUCUGACGCCAGCAUCAAGGUGGGAGAGAAUGUGUGCGACGUGACCCCCGCCCGACCACGAUGGAAUGUUCACGGACAUGUGUCUCAGUCCCCUGUGGUGCUGGGUGCGCUCUCUGGGGAAGACCAGCCCGAUACACCCGCGCCCUACCAGAGCCCCACUGGCCAUGAGUCCCAGUCAGGCCUCAGCCUGGAAGCACAGAGCCCUGUCGGGGGGCAUGAGCCACGGCGGCCUGCAGACAGGGCCUCAGAUGGUUCGUGUAGUCACGUGGUCAGCUCCGGCAGUGGGGAGGCGAGAGACCAGGCUUCGCUGUCUGCAGUGGCCGCAUCUGGAGCUCUGGGAGACAGUAUCCCUGAGGAGCCAGAGAGAAGUGGGGACACUGAGGACCUCUCUCCAAGCCACCCUUCAAGCUCACAGGAAGGCGUGGCUACCGGGAGCAGCCCUGGCCUUGGUGAGGAGGAGGCUGCGGCCCAGCGCUGGGGCCAGGAGCAGGCCUACCUGACGGGCCUGGCGGAGCAGUACCGCCUGGAGCAAUACCCGGACAGCUACGAGGCCAUGUCAGAGCCUCCUGUCGCCCACCUGCUACACCACGGGCUUCCGCGGGCCUUCUCCCUCCCCGAGGAACCCCGGGUCCGGUCGGAUGCAGAUGAGACAGCGGUGGAGCUCAGUGAGCUGCUGCCGCUGCCCGUGCUCAUGAAGCACUCCAUCACGGCCCCGCUGGCCGCGCACGUCUCCUUGGUGAACAAGGCUGCGGUGGACUACUACUUCGUGGAGCUCGGCCUGGAGGCGCACUUUGAGGCCCUGCGGCACUUCCUGCUCAUGGAGGAUGGAGAGUUUGCCCAGUCCCUCAGCGACCUGCUGUUUGAGAAGCUGGGGGCGGGGCAGACGCCCGGGGAGCUCCUCAACCCGCUGGUGCUCAACUCGGUGCUGAGCAAGGCCCUGCAGUACAGCCUGCACGGGGACACCCCGUAUGCCGCCAACCUCUCCUUUGCCCUCAAGUUCCUGCCCGAGGCGUUUGCCCCCAACGCCCCGGACGUGCUGAACUGCCUGGAGCUCAGGUACAAGGUGGACUGGCCCCUCAACAUCGUGGUCACCGAGAGCUGCCUGAGCAGGUACAGCGGCAUCUUCUCCUUCUUGCUGCAGCUGAAGCUGAUGAUGUGGACGCUCAAGGACAUCUGCUUCCACCUCAAGCGCGCAGCCCUGGUGAGCCGCGCGGCCGGCUCCGUGCAGUUCCGCCAGCUGCAGCUCUUCAAGCACGAGAUGCAGCACUUCGUGAAGGUCACGCAGGGCUACAUCGCCAACCAGAUACUGCACGUCACCUGGUGUGAGUUCCGGGCCCGGCUGGCCGGGGUGGGCGACCUUGAGGAGAUCCAGCGUGCGCACGCAGAGUACCUGCACAAGGCCGUCUUCAGGGGCCUGCUGACCGAGAAGGCUGCACCUGUCAUGAAUGUCAUCCAUAGCAUCUUCAGCCUGGUCCUCAAGUUCCGCAGCCAGCUCAUCUCCCAGCCCUGGGUCCCGGCUGGCGGCCCACGGGGUGCCGAGCACCCCAACUUUGCCCUCAUGCAGCAGUCCUACAGCACCUUCAAGUACUACUCCCAUUUCCUCUUCAAAGUGGUGACCAAGCUGGUGAACCGCGGCUACCAGCCCCACCUGGAGGACUUCCUGCUGCGCAUCAACUUCAAUAGCUACUACCAGGAUGCCUGAGGCCACGACACAGCAGAUACCCCCUCCCACAUCUCCCGGGCUUGGUUCCCUGCAUGGGGAGUCGUCUGCAGCCACGUCACGGGGAGAUGGUGACGCGGGCGGUCAGCGCCCCGACCUGGAGCCUCACCGACCCCGGAUGGCAGGGCCGGCCUCACCUGUACUCCUGGAGCCAGUCGGCCCAGUGGCUCCUGUUCCUGCUCAGGAGCUCAGCCGAGCUCAGCUGCUCCAGCCGCGACUGCUGCUCCACGCGCUCCAGCUCCUUGGUGACGUUGGCUCGGGUGCCGAUGAGCGCGAAGAGCUGAGGGUUCGACUGCGCCAGCAUCAGCAUCAUGGAGAGCUGCCUGUGCAGAGGGGCAGCGUGAGGCGCGUCCCGACCACUGGGCACCCGGAAGAUGGCUGUCUGGGCACGGAGGAGGUGGCAAUGGCUUCAGCGGCUCUGCUGUGCCACCGCCGACAGCCCCGGUGUGUGUGUGGGGGAGGGGGGGUGACCCGGGCCGACGGGCGAGGCAGCCGUCCACCCCUGCUCUGCGACAGCCCUUCCGUGUCGUGGAACGAGUGCACCCCGAGGGGCGGGUGCUGCAGGCUGACUUCUCCCUGCUGCCUGGCGCCUGCCUGUGUCCCGACCCCACAGUGACUUCCCCCAGGGGAAGGUCACUGCUGGCUGCUUCUCCACAGUGACCACAAGGCUGGGUCCUCGAGGGCCCGGCGAGCAGGGACAGCACUGACACCCCCUUCCCCAGUCACGCUGGCUUUGUGUUCCGUAGGCCCUGCUAGCCGGUCCUCCCUGUGCGUCCUGGCAGCCGGCAGCCACUCACCACAGCGCUGCACUAAAUUCUCUCGAACCACA